AUGGCCAGCAAUAUAGCGAUUCGACUAUCCCGAGGCCUCACGGUCCUCGCAGACCUCCCACUCUACCAACUCUCUCUUAUAUCCUUCACUACAGCAGUUACUUCUCACAUAACGUAUUUCUGCCAUUCUGAGAGAGAUCUCAUCGCAAAACAAAUUUUUCUUGUCGCAAUAUUCGCUCCGCUUGCCGUUCAAUCGCUUUUUCAGUUCCAUCUCAAACUUCCAUUCUGGUCAUGUGUGGAGCUGACCUCAACAAUUUAUGGGUCGUUUUUGUUAGGGAUGUGGAGUAGUAUGGUCGUGUAUAGAAUAUGGUUUCAUCCGUUGAGAAACUUUCCAGGGCCGUUUUGGGCGAAAGUAACCAAAUUUUGGAUACCAUAUACUCAUUGGAAGACGAAUUGGCAAUACCAUCUUGUCAUGCUUGAAUUGCAUAAGAAGUAUGGUGAUAUUGUCAGAAUAGGUCCAAACGAUAUUUCGAUAAACCACGCCGACGGUCUUCAAGCUUUAGCAAGGGCGAAAAAGGGGACGUGGUAUAACUUUGCUGAUGGGGAGCACAGUCUUCAAUCCACGCGAAAUUCCAAAACCCACGCAAUCCGCAGAAGGGUAUGGGAUAAAGCCUUCACCACAAAAGCCGUACAGGACUACCUCCCACGGGUAUUGAAGUAUACCGAUACCCUUAUGUCUCACAUCUCCAAAAAUGCGGGAAGUCCUAUUAAUGUCACCGACUGGUUCAAUAAUUUCAUGCUAGACAUCAUGGGCGAUUUAGCCUUUGGAAAACCGUUCAAUUAUAUGAAGCCAGAGAAGAGAGUCGGCGCGUUUGAUUUUAAAGCCGUGAUGCAUGAUUCUGCAUAUGUGAUAUCGGCUUUAGGGCAAGUCAGCUACUCAUUCACCAUCCUAAGCAUGCUAGGUGCUGGAGGGGAUGUUCAAAGAUUUUUGGACUUUUGUACCGAUUUGGUUGGUGAAAGAAAGGCGUAUACACCAAAGGAAAGAGAUAUCUUUUCAUAUAUUCUAGACGCUGAACCACAGAACGUGGGAGAACACAAGCUGUCCCUGAUGGGAGAAACUCGCCUCAUAGUGGUCGCAGCAAGCGAUACAACAUCUGCCACUUUGGUUGCCAUAUUCACCCUGCUCGGGACACACCCCCACCAACUUCGCAAGCUCCGGGCCGAUAUUGAUGCAAUCUAUGACGCAUAUCCAGACGAAAGGGUUCCAAAGGAGAUAAUAAACGGGGGAACACCAGCGACUAGGCAUUUAGAGGCGACGAUAACUGAGGCAUUAAGGAUGAGCCCGGCAGUCGCGAAUGGUGUGCAAAGGAUGACACCAAAUGACGGGAUCGUGGUGGAUGGCGUUAGUGUCCCUGGAGGAGUAAAUGCGAUAUAUUGUUUUCGGGCUGCUCAUAUGGACGAAAGAUGGUUCCCGGACGCACAAGAGUUUAAACCGGAGAGAUGGUACGAAGCUGAUAAAGAGACGCUUGCAAGACAAAGAUCAGCAUAUGCCCCUUUCUGGCUCGGCGCCUAUGAAUGUGUUGGUAAGCCACUCGCAAAUAUGCAACUCCGAAUCGUCACUUCACAAUUGUUGCGCAAGUUCGAUAUUAGCCUGGCGGAGGAAAACGUAGAUGCCUGGGAAAUGUUGAAUAGAUCAAAAGAUCUGUUUACAACAAUAAUGGCACCUACGAACGUAAUCUUUACGCCAAGGCAUGUAUAG